AUGGGAGGAGGGUUUCGAGUUUUGCAUUUGGUUAGGCCAUUCUUGGCUUUUCUUCCAGAGGUGCAAAGUGCAGACAGGAAGAUUCCAUUUAGAGAGAAAGUGAUCUACACUGUGAUCUCUCUCUUCAUUUUCCUUGUCUGUAGUCAGCUUCCACUCUACGGGAUUCACUCUACGACCGGUGCUGAUCCGUUCUAUUGGAUGCGUGUCAUUCUCGCUUCGAACCGUGGAACCGUUAUGGAGCUCGGUAUUACUCCGAUUGUCACAUCUGGACUCGUUAUGCAACUCUUAGCAGGGUCGAAGAUAAUCGAAGUCGACAACAAUGUCCGUGAGGAUCGUGCUCUCUUGAAUGGUGCACAGAAGCUUCUUGGGAUUUUGAUUGCUAUUGGUGAAGCUGUUGCGUAUGUUCUUUCGGGAAUGUACGGUCCUGUUGGUCAGCUUGGUGUUGGCAAUGCCAUUCUGAUUAUCCUCCAACUUUUCUUUGCCGGUAUUAUCGUUAUCUGCCUUGACGAGCUUCUUCAAAAGGGAUAUGGACUUGGCUCUGGUAUCUCCCUUUUCAUAGCAACCAAUAUCUGUGAGAGCAUUAUCUGGAAAGCGUUUAGUCCUACUACGAUCAACACCGGGCGUGGAGCUGAGUUCGAAGGCGCUGUGAUUGCAUUAUUCCAUAUGCUGAUAACUAAAUCCAAUAAGGUUGCUGCACUCAGACAAGCUUUCUAUAGGCAAAACCUUCCAAAUGUUACCAACUUGCUUGCAACAGUCUUGAUCUUCCUGAUCGUUAUCUACUUCCAAGGCUUCCGUGUUGUGUUGCCAGUGAGAUCAAAGAGUGCUCGUGGCCAACAGGGUUCUUACCCGAUCAAGCUGUUCUACACCUCAAACAUGCCAAUCAUUCUCCAAUCUGCUCUCGUCUCAAACCUCUACUUCAUCUCUCAGUUACUCUACAGGAAAUUCAGUGGAAAUUUCUUCGUAAACCUAUUGGGACAAUGGAAAGAGUCAGAGUACAGUGGACAAUCUAUACCAGUUAGUGGUCUUGCUUACUUAAUCACAGCUCCAGCAAGCUUCUCCGAGAUGGCAGCUCAUCCAUUCCAUGCUCUGUUCUAUAUCGUCUUCAUGCUCACUGCUUGUGCCCUCUUCUCAAAGACCUGGAUUGAAGUCUCAGGGUCUUCUGCUAGAGAUGUAGCUAAGCAGCUCAAGGAACAACAAAUGGUUAUGCCGGGACACAGAGAGUCUAACUUGCAGAAGGAGCUGAAUCGGUAUAUCCCAACAGCAGCUGCUUUUGGAGGAGUCUGCAUCGGUGCGCUCACUGUUUUGGCUGAUUUCAUGGGAGCCAUUGGGUCCGGAACUGGAAUCUUACUCGCGGUGACGAUCAUAUAUCAGUAUUUUGAAACCUUUGAGAAGGAAAAAGCUAGCGAGCUCGGUUUCUUUGGGUUCUGA